GCAUUUGAUAACAAAUUAAAAGUGCGGUUAAAGUAAUAUUUUGUUUGAAUUUAGAUAAAAUAACGUUAAAAUGUCUAAGUUAUAUUUAAUUUGUAUACUUUUAUGUGGUAUUGGAUACAUUGUUAGCAGUGUAGAUAUUAAGGACAUCAGUACUAAUUCAAAUGAACUAGAAGAGUCUACCUCUUUAAAGUGGUUAAAGGGAGCACAUAAUAUAUUUUCAAGUCCUACUGGUCACGUUGUAGUCCAAGUUGCAAAAGAAUUAAUAAAUCGAUCAGCCGGAAACAGUCAAGUUCUAAGUCUAAACUUGACAAAUUUGUUUAUUAUCUUGCUUCUUAAAGUUUUAAUUUUUUCGGCCGGUUUACUAGGAGCUGGUCAUUGGAGUAAUUAUGGUUACGCUCGUUCAAGCGAUAGCGGAUUAACUUUUAUUCUUAAUGAUGACGAAGCCUAUUUGAUUACUGGAUUUUUAGCAGCACAGAGUGGCUUUGAUGAUUGUUUGUAUGCAGCAGCUUGUGCAGCGCCUAAUGUGGCUUACGAAUAUGCAAAAGCGGCUAAGGCUUUAAUAGACAGCAUUUCGAAAUAUAAUGGAUUUGAAUUUACGAAUACUCGAUAUAUAGAGUUAAUAGUUUUGGUUGAAGAAGCUGCAUACAAUGGAUAUCGCGGAAUUCCCUGUAACGCAACAACGACAUGUGAUGGUUUAUUUUAAUUUAGUACUAUAGAAUAUUUUAAUAUGUAUGUGAUUCAAAUUGUUCCUUUUUAUCAUAAAAAAAUCAGAGUACCUAAUACAUAUACUACAAACAAUAUGCAAACAUUUACCAACUCAGAAAAAUAGUUUCAAGUAAAAAUAUUUUAAAAGUUGCAUGUUAAGUUGCAAAUUUGAUUGAAAAUCAAACCACAUAUGAAACAAAUGAACCAUGAACUAAAAAUGUGUUUAAUAUUUAAGUAAUUUCGUACAAAUUCGUUUUAUUAAAUAAUCUAAAGAUAAAUAUGUUUAUUUAAUUUCAAAUAAAACUAUCCAAAUAUAAUUAAACAUUAUUCAAUUGUGUUUCAUCAUCAGUUGAUCCAGUCACAGCUUUCACA